UAAGCUUUAAGAUUAUCAGAGGAAUUAUAUGGAGAAGUCCAUGUUAGCAUGUUCUGGUACGAGUAAAUUGCAAUUAUAUUCUGUUCUACGAAUAGUUCUCAGACAAAAUUUGCUUAAGUUUCAUAUUCACGAACAUAUUAUUGUAUAUGGAUAUGUUGUGAAAAACUUUAACUUUACUUUAAAUCUGCAAAAACCUCAACAAAGAGAAUUUCUUUCCAUUUGUACCGGAUAUAUUUUUUUAAAGUCUGAACAGAUAUUUUAUAUUAACCAAAAUGGAUAUUAAACCCACGAAUUCAUCAAUUUAAUGUAUUAAGGAUUAAAUUUUUUUAGAACAUUAAUGUAUCCACCACCUAACGGGAUUAUACGCUCUUUACAAAAAACUACCUUAGUCAUUUGCAAAAUGGCCGCCUCAAUACUAGAACGUUUUUACAUGAUAGACGAUGGCUUCUUUACUUUCAAUCUCAAGUACCUUUUCUUCGUAGGAUUAUGGCCUGAAAAGUACCUCACCAAGUACCAAAAAUUUCUGUACAAAAUUUACGAAAUCUUCUUACAUUUUCUUACUGUAGUGUUCCUUGUUAUAACUGGGAUUGGAACGUACCAACACAAGGAUGAUAUUACAAUCGUUCUGUGUAAUAUCGAUAAAAGUUUGGUCAUAUACAAUUUCUUUUUCAAGACAAUCAUAUUUUGUAUCAAGAGGGAUCAGUUGAGAGAUCUCAUUGAUGAAAUCGAGAGGUCUGGAGAUGGAGUUACGGAAGAGAAAAAGAAGUUGAUGGCGAAAUAUGUUGUGUUCCUAACUCUGAUUUCUGCUGCAGUGAUCUGCGCCUUUAGUCUAGUAGCUCUUUUUGAAGGGAAAAUGUCGAUUGAGACCUGGAUGCCUUUCGAUCCUACAGUCAAUAUGAUGAGUUUGAUAACUUCCCUACAGAUUCUGGCGAUAAUUAUAUUUCCUGCUUUGUGUAGAGCAUUUGCCAUGCAAGGGUUGGUGUGCAGUAUGUUGAUGUAUUUAUGCGAUCAAUUGAUUCACUUACAAAGCGAUUUGAGGGGCUUGAAGUAUUCGAAGGAAAGUGAUACGUCGACGAGGAUGAAAUUUCGAAAAAUAAUUAAGAAACAUAUUCGAUUGAUGGGAUAUUCAAAAUCAAUGGAAAUGAUAUUCAACCAAUACUUUCUGAUCCAAAACCUGGCGGUGACUGUUGAAUUGUGUUUGAACGCUGUGAUGGUGACAGUCGUUGGUGUCGAACAAAUGAGUCUAUUAAUUACCUUCGUUGUGUAUCUCGCUAUUGCUCUUAUCAAUGCUUACAUAUACUGCUACUUAGGAAACGAGCUCAUUAUUCAAAGUCAAGGCAUAGCUCUAGCAGCCUACGAGUCUACGUGGACGUCUUGGCCAGCGGACUUGCAGAAAAACCUUCUGAUUAUGAUCAACGCUUCUCAGAGACCUUUGAAACUUAGCGCGGGAGGAAUGGCUCUAUUAUCUAUACAGACCUUUAGUCAGGCUCUCUACAACGGAUAUUCAAUCUUCGCCGUCCUUAACGAUGUUGUCAAUUAAAUACGAUUGUGUCGCUUUGAUUUACAUAUUUAAUUGUUUUCUGCUUCGUAGAAAUGUUCGUAAAUUGUUUUGAGGAAAAUUGC